CCUCAGCCUCUCCUCUCCUCUCCUCCCACCCCAGGCUGCCGAGUGCUUCCACCCCACAGAGCCCAAGGGACACGUCAGCCCCCGAGGCUUCUCUGCAAGGAUGGGGAAAGGAAGCCAAAAGCCAAAUUCUGCAAGCCAGGAGGAGCCACUGAACAUCUGCAGCGAUCCAGAGAAAGAGUCCAAAUGUGGGUCCUACAGAACCGAGUCAGGGCGCAGAAGAUCCCCCAAGGUGCGUGUUCUCCUGGCUCUGAGUGUGUUCCUGGGGAUCCUCAGCUUGAGCCUGGCUGGAGCAGUGACUGUUCUCGGUGUCAGACCCCGGUUCUCCGAGCUGGAAUUCUCCCACGUGUGCCCAGACACCUGGCCUGGUUUCCAAGGACAAUGCUAUCAUUUCUCUGAGGCCGAGGGCAACUGGACCACGGGCCGGGCAAGGUGUGAGGCCCUGGGAGCUUCCCUGGCCACCAUAAGCACCAGGGAGGAACUGGCCUUCCUUCUGCGCUACAAAGGCGAAGCAAACCACUGGAUCGGGCUGGGAGUGGGGGAUAAGGGCUGGGAGUGGAUCAAUGGCACGGCCCUGAACGGCAGGUUUGAGGUGAGGGGUGGGGGCCCCUGCGGGUACCUGAACCAGGGCAGGAUCAGCUCGUCCCUAUGCCACACGGAGAAGAACUGGAUCUGCAGCCGCCCCGACAACUUCGUCCUGUGGGAGGGGAAAUUAAGAGACUCCAAAGCGGGACUCUCAGCCUAAAUCUCCCACCAGACCAGGGAGCUCCACCCCAG